AUGGGUGAAUUCCCCCGGCACGGCGCAAGCCACAGCAGCGCCUUGCAGAAGGCCGACUUGAACAGCAGCGACGACCACGAAACCGAUGCUGACCAUGAACCUGCACCACCUCUGCAGCAGCCCGUAACCCCCCAGCUGCAGUCUCCGCUGGCCUGUCAGCCUGUUCCUAGCAGGCACAUGGACAUCUUCAGAAGUGAAGAUGUCACCUACUGCCACCUCCUUCCACCAAGCACGUCGCUGGGCUGCAUCUGCCGUGAAGGCACCGCAGCGCACAGGCCAGGCUGCGGCCGCAGCUCCAGGUUGCCGAACACCCCGGCGCUGCCCCGCUGCCCCCGCGAGCGCGUCCUGGCCCAGCGAAGGUACACGGCGGGUGCUCGGCGUCUGAGACGACACUGCUUCCCCUUCCUCUUUUCCUUUCAGAGACGUGACAUCGCUGCACCGCUCCAGCGCCAUCACUGCUCCCGCUUCGGAGGUUCGCUCCGUGUCGCCGGCACGCUCGGUGGUCCCCGUGCCCGCUCAGCCCGAGCCCGGGGCCAGGCCGCGGGGCAGCACGGGGACAGCCGGGCCGCGGGGAAGCAGCUUCUGCCGUCACCUGCCCGGCGCUUUGCUCAGCUCCCGCAGGCCAACAGCUCACAGAAGUCCAGGUCGCGCGUGCGCCUCGGUGUCUCCUCCUUACGUCUCCCUGAACCAGAGCUGACCAAGGAGAGCCUUUGCCGUCAAGCAGAGGAAAUUCCCACACGUCUCCUCCUUCGGCAGCUCCCCGCUGUCGGCAACGUUUCGGCCACCCGCUCGCUGGUCGGAGCCCUGCCAGUGCGGGGGCGCCGCCCCCGGCGGGGAACACCUCCCGCUGCACCCCAAAUGCACCCAAAACGCACCCCAAAUGAGAGAGCUUUCCAGAAACGUUCUUCAAUGCUGGAACCGGAUCAGCCACAGCUUUCCAAAGCUCCUGCAUCACAGGCGGAGGAAGAAAUGCUGCCAGCCAACCACCAAGCCUUAAAAAGCUGCUUCAUAAAUAAAACCCAGAAAGCUCUUCAUGCACAAGACCAAAAAUGGAAGGUUUCUGGCAAAACAUCCAAGUUCAACACACAGAAAGAAAAAACAAAUGUUAAAAAACCUAACCAAUCUGUAAAUAAGGAAAGCAACAUGUAAUUAUAUGGAAAACGGCCGAUUACAACAUGGAGAAGAGCAGUCUGCCUGGUGUGUCUCCCUUGGUAAAUUAACCUCAGCAAGUGCAAGGUAUCGAGUGUCGAUACGCACGUCAACCAAAAACAUAAACACGGUGUCUCGUUCUCUUAGACCUGACGCAUGGGAAGAAAUAUCAGAGCACUGGAAUGGAAAAUACUCAUCAAGUGUAAGUUUUUGUGACUUCAUGAAAAUGUAUGCAAAACACAUCAAAAUGGACGAGCUGGCGAUACGUUUCUCUUCAGAACUCUGAAGAGGUCUUAGGAAAUACCCGGCUUCGGGGAGAAUUGGGGGUUGUUACCUUCUCUGUGGGUUUUGGUGUUGUUUUUAUAAAGUGAACAAAAAUCUUAGACUGAAAGAGAAAAGAAAAAUGUUUCUUUAGUACACGACACUUGUUCUGAAAUAUCGAUGUAUUAGUUAACCAGUAGUUGAUUAGUAAUUAGUAAAUUUAUCCAAAUUCCCUAGCAAUCAGCACCGUCGCUGCAGAGCGCUGAUGGCAAACGCUAUGGGAAAGAGGCCCUCCCCGCUGUACCGGUCCUGCCAGCGCCGCCUGUACCCAGGGACGAAAACGUACGCACAGGCAGAAAGCGGAGAGGAGGCGGCUGUUAACAGCAGGCACCGGCACAGCGGGGCUGGCACAUUCCCCUUUCAGAAAGAAAACCGAUUUCCAAUCACAGUUGCACGAGACCCCUUCUUUAGGAGCGCGGUGCUGAAA